AUGUGCAUGUCCUAUCUACUGGGGUUGAAUUGCACCACCACCACCACUACCUACUAUCUAUUUGCCUACUUAUUCCCUGCUUCUUACAAGGUGCCAUAUCCGUCCAGGUCAAGGUACCACCAGUUCGGGCGGGUCCAAGACACACACCUCGAGGCCAAAGUUCCCACUCCACGACUAAGUAGCAAGUGUGAAGUGGACCGCUUCCACCCGAUCCCAAGGGUCCAAUCAAUCGUGGAGUCUGCUGGUGAUGACGAUGGUGAUGAUCAGGGAGAUGAGGGAUUAUCCAUGCAGGCUAUCUGCCCGCAACGUGGUUUACCUGUCCGAAUAAUCCCUCACUGCAGAGAGAAGGCGUUGUCCAAGUAG